CUAAAAUCCCUUGUUGGGGGAGAACUUUGUGGUUCUCCAUCUUGCUUCCCUUUUCUCUUCUUUCUUCAACAAUAUAUUCUUCAUACAUAAACCCACCCAUUUCACCCCACUUCUAUUAAAAAAAAAAAAAAAAAAAAACCUUUUUUUUCUUUCCCAGAUUUUUCUUUCCCUCUUAAUAUUCAUUCAUCCACAGGGUUUAUCUCCAUUUCAAUGAUUUGCAAGAAAUUCAAGAAAAUUUGAGCAUGAAAGGGAAAGAAAAGAAAGAAACAAACUUUUGUAUGAAUUCCCUGUGAAGAAGAGAAGGCAAACGACUGCAUUCGUUUGGUUUUGUCAUUUUUCAUCUUCUUAGUUCAGUUUCCACAAGGGGCUUUGAAGCUUCCCCUCUAGUUUUUUUCAGUCAUGGGCACCAAAAUCAAAGGGGUUUUCAAAGGCUUCAAAUUUAUCUCACAGAUCUUUGUUAUGAAGGAGCGUGAGAUGGAGAUUGGGUACCCAACUGAUGUUAAACAUCUUGCUCAUAUUGGCUGGGAUGGAUCAUCAGGCACUGCUCCAUCUUGGAUGAAUGAAUUCAAGACAGCCCCUGAUUUUGCAUCAACUUCCAUUGGUAAUUCUGGUUCUGCUUUGUCCACAUGGUCUUCUCAAGAUUUUGGAGAAGCGAUGGGAAGACGGCCUGCAGAUGAUACGCCUGGUGACCUGCCACCUGUAGACCUUCCCGAUAUACCUAAAAAACAAAGACGUAAAAAGUCAAAGUCAACAUGCUCCCCGAUGUCAUCGUUACCCCGAGCUGCAAAGGCCAAGGCUAAUGCGGAGACUAUGUAAAGUGACCCCAGAAACAUAAGACGGUUCCACUCAUUCGACAACCAAAGUUUUUGAAAGGUAACGAGCAUAUGAUAUGAUGUGAGAAGAAAGUUUUAAAUAUAUAUGAAGCAUAAUAAGGAUAUAUUUAUCAUGAGGGUGUGACAUUAGAUUGGUGGAACAAAAUGCAAAGCUUUCUUGUUUUUUUUUUUUUCUUAUUUUUAAAAUUUAUUUUUGGGUCUUGAUUUGUAAUUUUGUCCCCUAACUGGGAAUAUACAACAAGCCAACUAGGAAUCAACAUGUAAAAAGUUAGAUUCUUUGGUUGUCAUGUUGGAAAACUAAUCUAGCUUUCGGAAAUGAUAGCAUGUUUGCUUGUAUGUAUAUAUACUAUUACUUUUCACCGAAA